AGGUGCUUGGUGAAGCUGGGACAGCUGCAGGGGCCCGUUAGGUAGGGAAGACUGACGUUCAAGGGCUGUGAAUUCACCCGCUGGAUUGAGGUUCUUGCCACUUGUUCAAGUACCAUAAUGACAGAGCUGAAGAGGUGGCAGUGCUCAGUGUUCACUGACAGCUCAGAAAUUUGGCCCUGCUGCAGCAGCUCAGCUCGACACGAGGAGGUGGUGAGCUCUCGGGUGUGCAGGAUUCAGACAAUUAAAGUGGCAGAUCAAGCAGCAAAAGUUUCUGCGAAUAUGUGUCGCCAACUCUUAGUAAUGUUUUGACGGGGGAGAGCAUAGUCCAAAUUGAAGAGUCAGGCGGGGCCAAUGGCGGCGCAAGGGGUUGGAGCAAAGGUUCUGAUCCAGACCUUUGCCUUUCUCUUCCUCCUGUUUGUAGCGGUCUAUUAUGUCUCCAUGGCCAGCUCAACAAGGUCGACAGACAUCUGCUAUGCUCUGCAGAUUGAUUGUAGUGAGUCCUGGUCGUUUUGGGGCAAACAUCCAGAGCAAUUGCUUUUGCCCACAGUGUACAAGUUUGAGAAUGAAGGACGAUGCCCUGUGUACACUUACUUUGAGCCAACGCAGGAGGCGCCUUUAGAAAUGGUCAAACUUCAUCGACUGGCACAGGUGUGGCGCAAGAAUUGGUACCGUGCGGGGUGGAAGCCGUAUGUCAUUGGGGAGGACGAAGCAAGAGAUCAUCCCCUGUAUCAAGAGCUGCGGGAAAAGUUCAGAUUGCUUCCAACGGUCAACGACAGGUUCUAUGAACUACAGUGCUAUCUGCGCUGGGUGGCAAUGGCAAACCUUGGCGGGGGGUUCAUGUCUGACUAUGACAUCUUGAACUACGGCUUCCCGCCUCCACCCGCUUCGGAGCUUAGUGGGCCCUGCGGGAGGGGCACCCUGACAUCUUACGAGAGCCUUAUGCCCAUGCUCGUGUCGGGGGACUCAGAAGCCUACAUACACAUGGCAAAACUGUUUGCCAAUUAUCAGGUACAGAACGACGAUCUUGAUGCCAAAGGGAGACCGCAUGUGUCUGAUAUGGAGCUGACUCUUAGCCGGUUCUCACAUGAGUUCGAGGUUAAGCCGCAUCAAGAUACGCUCAUCCACUACUCUCAUUGGUACGUCCUGGACAACGUGGGCGAAAUUCAGCUCCCACGGUGGCAGAUUGUGAACAAGCUGGCUUGCUUCGAAGCUCUCUCUGUGAAAAAGUUGUCAGCGGUGUACCUUCCGUCGUUCACCGAGGGCGAUCUAAUCGCUAAGAACAUGGUCGAGCGCUUGCAAAAGUGCCUGGUCACUGAUCGUCAAAGUGCGCAGCGGAAUCGAGCAAAGGAGCCGUAUACCAUCGUUCUCCUUCCGCCAAGCCCCAUAGUAACUUUUGCUGUUGAGUAUCUCAAGUACGUUAAAGGGACGGACUCGGUUCUGCUGCAGAGGUGGUUUGAGAAGAGCGCUGGGUUAGGCAAGCAGUUGACUUUUGAGGGGUUUCUGGGGAGUCUUGAAACCAGUGCAAAAAGUGUAAACGAUUUCGAUGGUCUAGUCCUUGGGCCUCUUCUCAACGGGGCCGGUGUCUCUGGGAGUGGGCUGUCCGCUAUCGAUCAGGUCGCAGCCGUAGAGAAGGCAAUCAGCGGGGACCGUUUCAUGGUAGGAUUCCUGGACCAGGUCAACGAGACGCUGAGCUUAUUAGAGUACGAGAUUGGGUACGAUCUGGAUGAAGAAGAUUACAAGGCUCUUGGGGAAUGGCUUCAACACGAAUGGGGUCAAAUACACGAGGUGGUGCUCUCCUUGUCCUCUCGGGUACAGAAGCUAUUCGAAACCAGUUUACCACUCGAUACGAGGUUGCUUAGCUCUAUGAGAAAACACUUCGAGAUCAGAACGCGGAAGUUUGCAGAGUGGACUUCGAGCAGCACAAAGCCGACUCCAUAUCGUUCAAGGGUCUCUUGAGGACGAAUCUUAAGUUGAUGACCAGCCGACGAGAUCUUUCUCGUUUUAUUUGGCCUCUGGACGGACGGCUGCAGUCAUACUGCCCUUGUUGUCGUACUCUGAUCCAGUCUUGAUUGCAAAGUGCAAACAUGCAAGUGGUGAACCCAG